AUGGUCGCUGCACGCAUGCUUCUGGGUCUCGGCUUUGUGUUGCUGCUUGCUUCCUUCAGUCUUCUUAUCGUUACCUGUCUUUCUACUCCCGAUACAAGCCUACCAAUAUUCACCCUGGAGGCUGGACGGAGGUCUAAUGGGGCAUAUACUCCUGAUAUCAGACUUGAUUUUGGUCUUUGGGGCUACUGCCAGUCGACAUCAACUGCAUGGAGAACUCACCGGGAAGGAUGUAUCCAGAGGACCACGCGAGGCUAUGAUUUGUCCUCCUCCGUCGGGUCCAUCGUCGAAACUUUCCCUUCGUCCAUGUCGAGAAAUAAGCUGCGCGACUUGACUUUGGGCUUCAUCCUCCCAGCGUUUGCCGCUACGACAGCCGGACUGGCCAUCAUCGCCACCGCCGUGGCCUUUUUCAGGCCCAAGCGGAUUGCCUCCUUUGCCGGCAUGAUAUUCUCCGCGCUGUCUUUCAUCUUCACGGUUGCUGCCGUCGGUUGCGUGUUCUCGUGCUUCGAGAACAUCAGGAAGAAGACGCCAGAUGUCGGUAGCAUAUGGACCGCACCUUACAACUCGUCGACAAGAGUGAGGAACAGGUACUUGUUAUCGACCAAGUAUGGAGCGUGUGCUUUCACGUUGGCCGCCGCGUGUGUGACUCUCUUGGUAACCACAGUCGUCAUGUCCCUCGCGUGGAAGACGAGUGAAAGACAAAAUAGGCCGUCAUGGAAUGAGGCUGAGGUUGAGAAGAACAGAGUUUCUCAUUCGGAGGGUAGACCGUCAGGUACAACCCGCUAG